AUGACCAAUAUUAUUAAUUUGACUACUCAACAGACGAGAACUGGAAGCUUGCGAGAAAAGGCAAAGCGUCAGGAAAUGUGGCAAGCAUAUUGGUUCUACAUGUACAUGUACGACAUGGCGAAUGAACGCGAAACAGCCGUGGAAACUCCUUGGCCAAAGGGCGUCGCCAACCACUUCCUUACCCACCUUCCUAUGGAAGCGGAUUUAUAUAACGUGCGGACUCGAACGGGUUCAGAACUAGGAGGACGCAAAUCCAAAAAUGAGAGCGUAUACGAUGCAAAGCGCCUUGAUGAUGAUUGCGGAGAAGGACGGUGGGCGGAGGAAGAAUCUGUGGUCAGAAUUGAUGCUGGGAGCCACAAGAUUACAGUCACUGCCGUGCAAAGCACAAGCGCGGCAAUCAUGCUUUUGAAGCGGCUUAGAUUGUCGGCGAUGUAUCUAGGCACUGAUCGUCCAAUGCAGGACCCCGCAUUCAUUAUCGCAACGAGCUGA